CAUUGAUUAUCCACCCUACUAGUAGUUCCACAAAAAUAAAGAACCAAAAAACUUAAAUCUCACGAAUCCCUCAUUUCCUAACUUGGCCAUCCUUCCCGUCUUCUUCUCUUCUACUCCGUACUAUAAACACUGUUAUCAAUCAAUCCAUCUUCAUCUUUCUCUCUCUUCUCGAUCUCAAGAUCGAAGAUGGGCUUCCAUGGCAGAAGCUCAUGGAUCUUCUCUCUCCUCUGCGCUCUUCUUCUCUUCUCUCAAGCUUAUUCCUUUUACCUUCCUGGUGUUGCUCCUCGCGAUUUCCAAGUGGGAGAUCCUCUUCAAGUGAAGGUCAAUAAGCUUUCGUCUACAAAGACCCAGCUUCCUUACGACUACUAUUUCCUGAAAUAUUGUAAGCCACAGAAAAUUAUAAACAGUGCUGAGAACUUGGGAGAAGUUCUUCGUGGUGAUCGUAUUGAGAAUUCUGUGUACACUUUCAAGAUGAGAGAGGAGCGGAUUUGUCAGGUUGGUUGCCGACAGAAACUUGAUGCUGAAGCUUCUAAAAAUUUUAAGGAAAUGAUUGAUGAUGAGUAUCGAGUUAACAUGAUUCUGGACAAUCUUCCAGUUGCUGUGAUAAGGCAAAGGAGAGAUGGACAGGCCAAGGUUUACGAGCAUGGAUAUCGUGUAGGAUUUAAGGGAAAGUACACUGGGUCUCAUGAGGAGAAGUACUUUAUCCAUAACCAUCUAUCCUUCAAAGUGAUGUACCACAAGGAUCUGGAAACUGAUGUUGCUCGUAUAGUUGGUUUUGAGGUUACUCCUCACAGUGUUGCUCAUGAGUAUAAGGAGUGGAAAGAUCAAGAUACUCAAGUGGUGACAUGCACGAAAAACAUUGCUCAAAGUGGCACUCCGCCACAAGAGGUUGAUACUGAUAAAGAGGUGGUGUUCACUUAUGAUGUUACUUUUGAGGAGAGUGAGAUUAAAUGGGCAUCUCGAUGGGAUACAUAUCUUUUAAUGAAUGAUGAUCAAAUCCAUUGGUUUUCCAUCAUUAACUCCUUGAUGAUUGUCCUUUUCUUAUCUGGAAUGGUUGCCAUGAUCAUGAUGCGAACACUUUACAGAGAUAUAGCCAAUUAUAAUCAGUUGGAGACUCAAGAUGAGGCUCAGGAAGAAACUGGAUGGAAACUAGUUCAUGGGGAUGUUUUCAGGCCACCUCUAAACUCUAGCCUCUUGUGUGUAUAUGUUGGAACUGGGGUUCAAAUUUUUGCAAUGACUCUGGUCACUAUGAUGUUUGCAUUGCUUGGAUUCCUUUCACCGUCUAACCGUGGGGGACUAAUGACUGCCAUGGUUCUGUUGUGGGUCUUCAUGGGUUUGUUUGGUGGUUAUUCCUCAGCUCGUGUGUACAAGAUGUUCAAAGGCACUGAAUGGAAGAAGAACACAUUGAAAACUGCCUUCAUGUUUCCUGGUAUACUCUUUAGCAUUUUCUUUGUGUUGAAUGCCUUGAUCUGGGGGGAGAAAUCUUCUGGUGCUGUGCCUUUUGGAACUAUGUUGGCGCUUAUGUUGCUGUGGUUUGGCAUAUCAGUUCCAUUGGUGUUUGUUGGUAGUUACCUCGGAUUCAAAAAGCCACCCAUGGAGGACCCUGUCAAAACUAAUAAAAUUCCUAGGCAAAUUCCUGAGCAGGCUUGGUACAUGAAGCCCAUUUUUUCUAUUCUCAUAGGAGGCAUCCUUCCUUUUGGUGCAGUCUUUAUUGAGCUUUUCUUUAUACUGACAUCCAUAUGGCUUAACCAAUUCUACUACAUCUUCGGCUUCCUUUUCAUUGUCUUCGUUAUCUUGAUCAUCACAUGUGCUGAAAUAACAAUAGUGCUAUGCUACUUCCAGUUGUGUAGUGAAGAUUAUCAUUGGUGGUGGAGGUCAUACCUGACAGCAGGGUCCUCUGCCCUAUACCUGUUCUUGUACUCCAUUUUCUAUUUCUUCACAAAGCUGGAAAUUACAAAGCUGGUUUCUGGGAUCCUUUACUUUGGAUAUAUGCUAAUCGGUUCAUAUGCAUUCUUUGUACUCACCGGCACCAUUGGGUUUUAUGCAUGCUUCUGGUUUGUAAGAAAGAUCUACUCUUCCGUGAAGAUCGACUAAUUACUGCAGUAAGGCCAGAAUUUAGGGUUUUAUGGUUAUUCAUCAGUGAGAUUCCACUCAAACUGCAGAAGAACAAGGUAGGAAGAUUUUGUGCCCAUAGAUUUGUAUGUUCUUCAAGUUCAGCUGAACUCUUGAGCUUCAGCCCGUGCUGAAAAAUAUAUCAUUUUGCAGGUGUUAGUGUAGGCCACGAUGUGUACUAAUGUGCUUUCAGAAUGUUACUUGUCAAGAUAUUGUGACUGGAUCACAUCUUUAAUACUUCGUAUAUGAUACUGCAAUGUUUUUGUUAAUUUUAGCUUAAAUGCAUUUUAUUUAAUAGCAGAUUCAAAUUGUUUUGUUGUGGCUGGUAUAGUAUGAA